AUGGAGAGGAGAGGGGAGAUGGACGAGGAGAGCUUCCCGCUUGGGGGAUCGGACGGCGGCGCCAUCCGGCGCGACGCAUCGGCCGCUAUUCCGCACGUUUGGCCGACGGUGGACGGACCGCUGGGCGCAGAAACGGAGGAGAAGGCGCUGGGAUACGCCCGGAGCUUCUUCUUUUGGGGAUUCUUCUGCCUGCCCUGGCUUUGGGCCGUCAACUGCUUCUACUUCUGGCCCGUCCUCCUCGGCAGGCAUACUCCCCUGGCUCCUUCCUCUUAUCCAUUCCCCCGCCUCCGCCCCUGUAAGUUUCUUUUGAUCUUCCUCGUCUCUUGAUCUGAAUUUAACCAGAAAAAAGUCCCCGCCUCUCUUUCUUCUGGAGAUAUUUUUGGUUAGAUGUCGGAGAAUAGGCAUUCGUAUAAAUUAUACGUGACUAAUGGAGACAUUAAUGUCCGAGAGAACAUGAACUCUUCAUCUUUUGCUGAUGCAAAAGAAGACGAGAACGCUCUCCGCCUUUACCUGUUGAUCCCGCGCGAUUUUUCCGCAAGAUUUCGAGGGAAUUAUUUGAUCUGUAGAUGAGUGCAUCCUCUCUAGUGUGGACCGUUUCCUUCAUGGUGACGAUCUAGAUUUAUUCGAUCAGACGUGUACAUUCCAUUAAACGAAUUGUAACAAGAUUCCGGGUUAUGAAAGGAAAUUAAUCCGUUCGAUUUGAAACAUUUAUUUCCCCAAAAUUGAUUUCAAAAAUUUUGGGCCGAAUCAAUAAGUUAAUGGACGGUAUUAUGGUGGGAAUUUCUUCGUCUUGGCAUGCUUUGAGUACAGAAAACUACCGUUUAGAUGUGCCUGUGGCCAAAAUCUUCUUACUUUAAUGCUCAUGCUUUGGCUCAUUACACUAGUGAUAGAAUUAUGUUUCAAUCUUAUAUUUCUUCGGGCGGAUUAACUUAAGCCUGAGCAUUGGGAUCAUAGUUGACGUAAUUGAAACCUCAUUUUAUUUAUUUUUGGCGUGAUUGAAUGAAACCAAAUGAGCUGCAGGGAAAGAGAUCACAACUGAAAAAAAUUCGAAAAACCUCAAAAAUCAUAUCAUCAAUUUCAUGGCUUCAAAAACAUUAUCGUUGAAGAUAGCUCCUAAUCUACCAUAUGUCCACGGAUAUGGAGGAGUCCACUAAUGAUCAAACAAUCUUAAUGAGUAAAUUAAAGCUUUCUAAAUGGUUCUUCUUGCCUGACUAAAUGUGAUCUUGUCCUACUAUAAUAGAAAACGGGCUCUUGUCUUAUACUGAGUGAUUUCUCAAUGUUCUCCUCGGAAGAGGAUUCCCGAUGUGAAGUAUUGUUGGCAUCAGAUGUUCUGAUCUUUCCAUGGAGUUUCUUUCUUUUGAGGUUUUCUAAACUGAUGAGAUUUGGGGUUACGAUUCUUAAGUAAUUCAAUCUAUGUCCCAUUGUGACCUUUGAGUUCUUAAUGACAGCGUAAACAAGGCACUUUGUUUAUACUGAUAUAUAAGGCUUGUUUGAUGAGGAUGGGAUGCUGUUGGAUGAGAGAUUUGGAUGCUGUUCACCUUUAUCUAUCUAAUUAACAUUCUGAAGCUGAACUUGGUUUCUAUGACGCUUUGGAGACGAUAUCAACUAACAUCUAAUUUUACAAAAAAUAUAGUAUAAAACUAAAAAUUAUAUUUGGUCUUUUUUUGUUAGAUGGCAAUCUGAAUGGUUUAUCUGAUAUUCAUGCGUUGACUUUUUAUGAAUCAUGUCUCUGAAAUAACCCCUCUCGACAGACGGUCCCAUUAAAAGGCAAAUCUUUGACGGAUUUUCUUUAAAUCUUGAAGAGGAGAAGACUUUUGCUUCUUUAAAACUGCUGCUGCUCCAAUCCCAAACCUUGAUUCAACCCACCAUGAACCCCAUUGGGUUUUGUCUUUCAAUUUUAUAAGUAAAAACAACCUGUUUUUAUCGUUCUUCCAGGUUUGACGAGACGUCUUUUCUCUUUCAGAUGUUGUUCGGUCAGCAAUAGGGUUCUCGGUGUUCACCGUGCUCCUGGCAUCGUGGGCCAUCACAUUCGCGGUCGGUGGGGAGCGCCUCUUCGGCCCCGUGUGGGGAAACCUGGUGAUGUACAACGUUGCAGACAGAAUAGGGCUGACGGGUUGGAAUUAG